AAUAUGCUCAAACGCAUGCGAUUCCUCUGAAAAUUAAAGGAAAUCGUCGAGUAUAUAUAUGGAAAUAUUCAGACAAAUCGAUACACUUCGUCUGUAGAAAUCAAGCAAAAUGAACACCUUCAUCACUUUGGCUUGUCUGGUGGCUGUCGCCGUAAGCGCACAUGCAUCUGGAUUGGGUUAUGGAUACGGCGGCUAUGGCGGUUUAGGCGGCUACGGAGGAUACGGUGGAUACGGAUCCCGUAUCUACAGCGCACCCAUCAUAGUCAAAGCUCCAAUCCCGAUUAUAAAGAGCGUAGCAGUCGCUCCCAUCAUCAAAGCGCCAAUCCUUAAAACCGUACCAAUAGCUAGCUACAGUCUCGGAGGCUACGGAGGCUACGGAGGCUAUGGAGGCUAUGGAGGCUACGGACUUUUGGGAGGUUAUGGAGGUUACGGCCUAGGCUAUGGCAAAAGCCUCGGUUAUGGGUAUGGUUAUGGCUUAGGCAAGUACUAGGCGGAUCAACUUCAAUUUUCUCUUCGGACGAAGUACCAAAACAAUGCAACGUAACUCCUUAAUUGGUCAAUGCACUGAAUAAAGCAUUCAUAUCUUUA